AUAAUCAAGAAAUAAGACAAUUUGAUAAUCAAAUUCUUACACCAAUACAAAUUGAAAAAUUUCAAAGAAUAUUUGCUCAACAUCCUAUUGAUGAAAAUAAUGAAGAGCGAGAAAUUAAUGAAAAAUUAACGAAUCUUCUAGAUCAGCAGGAAAAAGAAGCUUUUUUUUCUAAACUUUAUACAUUAAUUUGCUGUAAAACCAAGAAGUGUUUAACUAAAAUUGAUCAUGAAUUUGCAUUUCAAACAUUUGAUAGUAUUCGAAAAUUAUCAAAAACUGAGUAUAAUUUAUUUAUUUUAGGAAUGCUUCAUAUAAUGGUCCAUUCAAAAGAUAAAGAAAAACAAUAUUUAACUGUUAAAUAUACCUUUAACGAUAGUGAAAUCUGUGAAAAAGCUUUUUUAACUAUAUAUUCGAUGUCUGAUAAAAAGUAG